AAGUUGUUGCUGAUUAUUCACGUGAAAAUGGUAGAGUUUUGAAGGAAUUGAGAAUUGCUAAUGACACAUUAUUAGAAUAUGAUAAAAACUUGCGUAGAAAAUUAUCAAAUGUGAUACCUUUUAUCAAUCAAGAUUAUAUUGAUGCUUGGCCUAUUCUUUCUGAAAGGAGGGAUCCUUUAUGGAAGAAUGUGAUGAGUUUUGUAUAA